GCGUGAUGAAUCGGGCUAGGAUUUCCACAGGGGCGCUUGACAGGACGCUUAGCGGCUCCCUCCUUUUUCGACCGAUUUUUCAAUUCCUUCCAAGCGCAAAGAUUUGCUAUCGACGAACGGCUGCCCCAUUCAAAGCAGCAUGGCCGCACGAAAGAACGCCAAGGACGGAGGUCCCCAGGCAAAGCGCAAAAAAACCGGCAACAAGUAUCAGAUGCCGGAACCGAUCUCCCUCGGAACGAUCAUAACGGACAGCCAAAAGGGCCAGUGGAAAAUAGGCCCUUCGAUCGGUUCCGGCGGGUUUGGUGAAAUCUAUGCUGCAUAUAGCUUGGCAGCACCGGUACCGAGACAAUUCGCCUUAUACCCUUACGUGGUCAAAAUUGAACCACACGAAAACGGUCCUUUGUUUGUAGAGAAGAAUUUCUAUAUGAAAUACUGUCGGCCGGACGACCUCGAGAAGUAUCGGAAGCGAUUUAAGUUGAAACAUCUUGCAAUUCCGAAUUUCGUUAGCAGCGGAUCGCAUGACGUGAACGGGAUAAAGCAUCGUUUUCUAAUAAUUCCCAGGUAUGGAGAAAGUCUACAGUCGGUACUUCUGCGUUACGGAAAAUGCCUUCCGCUGGAAGCUGUAUACCGUAUAGCGCUCCAAAUGUUGGAUGUUUUAGAAUACAUCCACAUGUGCGGUUACGUGCACGCCGAUUUGAAGGCAGCAAAUAUCCUGUUCGCAGACGGAGCCUAUGACCGGGUGUAUCUGGUGGACUUCGGUCUGGCAACAAAGUACGACGUGCAGGAGGUCUUUAAGCCUGACGCUCGAAAGAAACACAAUGGCACGAUCGAGUACACUUCCCGUGACGCCCAUCAGGGCGUCUCAACGAUUCGUGGUGAUCUAGAAGUACUCGCCUACAACUUGAUUGAAUGGGCCGGAGGAAAAUUGCCCUGGAAUGAGGAGAAAACUCUUAAAGACUGCAACAAAGUGCACCAUAUGAAAGAGGCAUCCAUAGGCGACGGGACACCGACGGAUUUUCUGAAGCGCUGCUUCCCAAAAAGUAAGACUCCACCAAAACCGCUAGCCGAUUUCAUUCAGCUUGUCGUUGAUCUGGCUCAUAACGCCAAACCAAAGUACACGAGCUGCUCGCAGCUCUUUGAAAAAGCUCUAAAGCAACUUGGCGUUUCCAAGUCUGGCGGUAUGGGUCUAGCAGGGCAUAACCUAUCACCAAGCAGUCCGUCUACAUCCGGACCGCUUGUCUUGGCAGCGAAGGUCGAUAAGCGAAAGAAGAUCACAGCCACACCGAAACAGGCAGCUCUGCCUGAUACAGUGCCAAAUACUCCGGAAAUUUCGCCGUCAACCAGCAUCAGAACUACCAGACGUACUACGCAAUCAGAAUUGAACGCUACAGUCUCAUCAAUCGAAGAGAUGCCAGAUGGCACUUAUUCGAAAUCAUUGUCGGGGAUUAACGUCCAGAUUGGAACGUCCACCAAAAGCAGUCAGAGCAGAUCGGGCCUAUUGACUGAUGCCAAUUUUUCACCAAGAGUUAUAUUGGUCAAAAUCAACAUCGAUUCCAAUGUGAAUCUAAACAUUGAAACACCCAGUAACAAAGCUCGGAAGAGGACUACGUCGACAAUCACACCGCCGAAGGGCAGAGCUGCAUCCACUACCAAAGGUAGGACAACAAAGCAACGGAGCAAUCGACGUAAUAUGCCCGAAACAUCGAUUAGUGCGUCCGAUGACGACAUUAUUACAUUUAACGUAUCUGACACGAGUGAUGAGGGCAAUAUUUCUAAAUCUGUUUUCGAUUAAUUAGUAACCACAUUUGAAUGUUAUGCGACCCCUCGAUUGAUGUAUUCCGACAUACCGAUAUGCCAUGUGGAACCAUUGUUUCUUUUUAACUAUCGCUCCAUUAGUUUUCUAUACGUAUGGAAAAUACAGGAUCAAUGGAGUAGU